AUGUCUGGCCCUCCAAGAUACCCUCUUUUAGGGUCCAAGACCACUUACGAUACAAAGCUUUCCGAUCCGGGUGCCAAACUCUGUGAUUCGUUGGCGGAACCUUGUCCGUUUUCCCUAAGUCUGGUACCGCUUGAGACACAGCUGCUGCGUAAACGUUACCGUGCUAACCCGAACCUGGAAACCAAGGAGGACGCUUACCCUGCUUACGCUGCCCAGGUACCUUGCUCAGCUGAGAGCGGUGACGAUAUGAUUAUUUCUGAUACCGAUACCGUUCCGGAUGCUACACACCCGCCAAAGCGCCGCCUAACGCUGGUCCACCUGGCCGAUGCUAGACAAGUUCCCGCUUCUGCUGACUCGGUGAUGUCCAUUUCCAGCGCCAACAGCGUGUCGGCACAGAUGAACACCCUAUCUACGAGUCAGUCUAUUCGCAGUUCGUCUAACGCUUUCAUUAAACCUACUGAUAGUCACGUCCAUCCGUGUACGCCUAACGCGAUCGAAUCCAUGACUAAUUCGCCUAUUUCCGAUAUGGAAGAUCAGAACCCCCAGCAGCUUGUGCUUCCUCUGCCUCUGGCGUCGCCCGUUCAAAGCGCUAACGAGAAGCGUUCGGUUCAUGAGUUCUGGGAACGUUACAUGAUGAAGCCUCCUGCAACUCAGGGUGACUUGGCUGAGCUCAUGGUUAACCUCUCUAACUUUUCCCUGGCUCCAUGCAGAAACCACAUUAUCUUUCAGCUUUUGCAACAGGUUGACAGACUGCUGCUUCUGACCUUCUGCGGAGUCAUUCAGGACUCCUUGAGACGUGACUUGCUCUCCAGCUUACCGUUGGAGAUUGCCUUGUCCAUCUUGUCUCACUUAGACUACAAGUCUGUCUUGGCUGUCUCUCAGGUUUGUCGUACAUGGCAUCGUUUGGUGAACAGUAAUACUUUGUGGACCUCUAUGCUCUACAGAGACAAAUUAUUGACCGACAGCACUCUUCUAGAUAAAGAGCUCUCACAUUCGGGUGCUCUUAUAGCCGGCUGGUCAACCCCCAGCCCUUAUCUCACUGAGAUAAAUUUGGCUCAAACAUUGUACAAGAAAAGGUUCAUUAUCUUGCAGCGCUGGAUGAACCCCUCAUAUGAACCAAAACGCAUAAGCGUGGCUGGCCACGGUCCCAACAUCGUCACUUGUCUACAACAUGAUGAAGAUAAAGUGAUUACUGGCAUUGAGGGUAAACUGAUCAAUGUUUACGCCACCCGUACAGGUGAACUUCUACGUGUACUCAAGGGCCAUGAUGGUGGUGUUUGGGCACUUAAGUACUUCUCCAACACUUUGGUAAGUGGAUCUACCGAUCGUGACGUCCGUGUGUGGAAUAUUCGCACGGGUAGAUGUACUCAUAUGUUCAGAGGCCAUACGUCAACUGUUAGAUGUCUAGAUAUUUUGCAUCCAGUUCAAAUCGGUGUCAACGAUAAUGGUGAGCCCAUCAUGUAUCCUAAGGAGCCACUUCUUGUCACCGGUUCUAGAGACCACAAUUUGCAUGUCUGGAAGCUUCCCUUGGAUAACGAAGAGGAGAACGCAGAUGAAAUCACAGAAACGAAAACUUAUGACAGCAAAGACCCUGAUAAUCCAUACUUGGUAGCUGUGUUGGUGGGACAUACCCAGUCGGUGCGUUCUGUCUCAGGCUACGGAAACAUCAUUAUUUCCGGCUCGUAUGAUACCACUGUGCGUGUAUGGGACUUGAAAGAGGGUGGCAGAUGCAAGCAUGUUUUAGAAGGCCACAAUGAUAGGAUCUACUCCACCUCUUUGAACUACAAAACACGUCGUUGCUACUCUGGAUCUAUGGAUCUGUCUAUCAACGUCUGGGAUUUUGAAAAGGGCAAACUUCUUUUUUCAUUGGAGGGUCACAACUCCCUUGUUGGCUUGCUUGAACUCUCUGAAGACUACCUAGUGUCAGCAGCUGCUGAUUCGACCUUACGUGUUUGGAAUCCUCACACCGGUGAGAACUAUAGCAAGUUGAAGGGCCACAAUAGUGCCAUCACCUGCUUCCAACACGACAGUCUCAGAAUUGUCAGUGGAAGUGAACGCAUGCUCAAGUUAUGGGAUGUCAAAACUGGUAAGUUCGUUAGAGACUUACUCUCUGAUAUCACCAAGGGCAUUUGGCAAGUGCGGUUUGACCCUGACAGAUGUGUCGCUGCCGUUCAAAAGCAAGGUUCUGUUAACGAGGAGACUUACAUUGAAAUCCUUGACUUCAGUGCUCCACUCAACAAAAUUGAGGCCUAA